AUGUUUGUAGCAGAAUGCUACGGACGUCAUUCUGAUCCAGGAUCUUCUCGAUCCGACAACAAGCUCGUGUGGCCUCGGUUCGUCGAGUGCGUGCUUGAAUUCGUUGCGAGCCGGGCGUGCACACUAUCACGCCAGCAGCUGCAAGCAUUGCAGUACAAGAAAGUGCCAGCGAGAUUGGCCAAUCCUGACGAGCAACGCCUUCUUCGCUUCAUGGGCAGUGCUCUGGCACGAAUCAACGGAAAGAGACACCAGGUUUGCGAGAUUUAG